GCGCGGAGAGUGGCUAGUCUGUCGCCUCCCUGCGCACGACGGGCCCUGAUUGGCCACUCGAAGUCUAUUUUACGCUACCCUGUCCUCAUGCUCAAUCUCUUCUCGAGAUUUCUGGCCAUCUGUGUGGGUCAGCUUCAACAGCGGCCGCUGCGGUCUCGAGUCGGCGUCAAGCUGAACAGUGUACGAAGUAUCAGCACCAUGCCCGGAUCGGUGACUGAGAGUAACCUAACCGAGAGCCAAACACGUGCUAUGUGGAGAGCAGCCGAUUGCGUCUGCUUCGACGUCGAUUCUACGGUGUGUAUGGACGAAGCCAUCGACGAACUUGCCCGGUUUUCAGGCAGAGACAAGGAAGUUGCUGAAUUAACAAACAAGGCUAUGCGUGGGGGCAUGACAUUCAAGGAGGCACUGGAACUGCGCCUAGAACUCAUCCAGCCGACAGCACGCAUGCUUCAAGAAUACAUCGAACAAAACCCACCACGGCUGUCUGUUGGCAUUGAGGAGCUGGUGGCACAAUUGCAAUCUCGUGGAGUCGCUGUUUAUCUGGUCUCUGGGGGUUUCCGAUCCAUCAUCGAGGGAGUGGCAGAUGAGAUUGGCAUUCCUCGCAAGAACAUUUUUGCAAAUCAAAUAAAGUUCUACUUUAAUGGCGAGUAUGCCGGCUACGAUGAAAAGCAGCCAACAACUCAUCAGGAUGGCAAAGCUCGGGUGGUGUCUUUUCUAAAGCAGAAAUAUGGCUACCAGCGAGUUGUCAUGGUCGGUGAUGGGGCAACGGAUCUGGCAGCUUGCCCUCCUGCGGAUGCCUUCAUUGGAUACGGUGGAAACCAAGUGCGUGAAAAAGUCAAAAAGGCAGCUUCAUGGUUUGUCUACAGCUUCGAUGAACUAGUGCAGGAGCUGAACAGGAACUGACAUGACGCCACUUUUCUUUGUUGUGCCGCAUAUUUAUUUUUGUACAGUAUUUUAUUGCCCUUGUAGCCUGUUCUUAUUCAAACAAGGGGGGGCGCAUGGAGGCCGAGCUUCAUUUUGCGGCUGCCUUGAUAUUGUUGGUCAGGGACACCUGCUUGCUACCAGACAUAAUUCAUUCUAAAAUGAUUGGGUAUGGGAACUGGAAGUUGCAAAGGUGUUACAAAGAUAUCCAUUCAUGUGCUUCGAAGGAGUGACAACGGUGGUCCACAAGGCUGAGUGCUCAAAAAGUAUGAUCAUAUUGAUCAAACCAAUUUCACACUCACUGUGAAGAAAUGCAGCUUAGCCAAAAAAAAUUUUCUAGUGCAUUUCUUAAAAUCACUUACUGUGACGGCAAGGAGAGAUCUGUUUUAACACAAGCGUGCGCACCUUUUAUUUUUUUACACAUACAUGUUGUUUUAAAAUACGGCAAAUGAAUUUCGUUGCAAGGGUUCAAUGGGCCUGUUUUAUAUUAUUUUAUGGAAAGUCAAAAGGUACCUGAAGUAGAAAGUUGCUUGUCAGUUUGUUCUGGACGUGCAGUUUAAACCUCGAAACCAUAUCCCAAUUUUGUCGUGCCAUCUUAGUCAAAUAACUUGAGCGGUCGGCCCUUUAUGCUAAAUAAAAUUCGCACUCCCUA